AUGAACAAGAUCAGGCAAAUAAACCAAAUAAACCAAAAAGAACUAGCAUCAAGUACAACUUCAUACAAAUCUUCGUGGCAUUAUGAAUAUCGAGAUACAAACUACAUCUAUAUCAGCAAUAUCCCCAACUUCAUUAAACCUCAUGAUCUAGUAGUUAUAUUCAGUCAAUAUGGUAUACCAACUCAUUUAAAUUUAGUAAAAAGUCGUGAAGUUGGCCAACAACAAGAGCAGCAGCAGCAGCAGCAGCAUCGUGGGUUUGCGUUUUUAAAAUAUGCCAAUUUUAAAAGUUGUAUACUAGCUAUUGAUAAUUUCAAUGGCAUUAAAGUUGGUGAUCGAAUGUUACAUGUUGAUCAUAGUUAUUAUAAGCUACGAAGUGGUCAAAAAGAGGAUGAUUAUUUGAUCAACUACGACGAAGUGAGGAAACAGUUGGAAAGGGGUGAUGAAGAGAGUAAAGAAGUAAAGUUAAUCAAGAGUGAUCAUGAUGAUGGAGUAUCUGAACGAAAAGCUAUUGAAUACAAUUCCAAUUCAGAAGAAAGAGAAGAGCGCACAGAAGAAGAUGCAAAGGAAGAUGAGUUUGCAGACCCGAUGCAAGCUUUUGGGGAGAAGAUGUCAGUUGAUGAAAAAGCUGUUGCUGAUGAAGAUGACGAGUUCAUUGAUCCUAUGGAACAAUUCAUAACUGAAACCAAAGAGUCAAAAGAAAAGACACACAAGUCAUCACGUAGUGGUAGGCAUAGGUCACAUCAUCGGUCACAUCGAUCAAGAGACAAGGCGUCGUCAUCCCAUAGAAAAGAUCGAGACCGUAGUCCUACACGUGAAUCAAAGAAACAACAAGACUGA